AUGAGCACCCUUCGUCUUCGUCAUUUUAUGGCUCACAAUGUCGCCGUCUUCCGCCGGCAGCCACUGACCGAGAUCUCGGGUUCGCUGGGCGACCUGGGGACUUUCUUGCCUAUCGUCAUCGCGCUGGCGGAAGGACAUCAGAUAUCCUUGACCACGACCUUGAUCUUUACCGGCCUCUACAACAUCCUCACCGGCGUGGCCUUUGGCAUUCCUCUGCCGGUCCAACCGAUGAAGGCGAUUGCGGCCGUGGCCAUGUUGAAAUCCCUCAGUGCCGGCCAGACCGCAGCGGCCGGCGUCUUUGUCUCCAGCUGCAUUCUAUUCUUCAGUAUUACCGGGCUACUUUCUUGGUUCACCAGGGUCAUUCCAAUUCCGGUUGUCAAGGGGAUCCAAGUCGGCGCAGGCAUGAGUUUGAUUAUCGCCGCCGGGAACAAGGCUCUUUCGGCUCUAUCAUGGACUGCGCCAUCCUGGGCUGACAACUAUAUAUGGAUGCUGGCCGCUUUCAUCGCCCUAUUCGCGCUCAAUAUUAGCCCACGAACCCCAUACGCGCUCAUAUUAUUUGUUAUCGGCAUCGUCUUCGCCAUUAUCCGCAUAGCUGGCAAUGAGCACCACCGCCUGCCUGGUUUCCGUGUGUGGCACCCUUACACUCAAGUCCCCUCAGCCAAGGAGUGGAAGACUGGGAUCCUGGACGCCGGCGUCGGUCAAUUGCCUCUGACGACCUUGAACUCGAUCAUUGCCGUGACCCACCUGGCCGCCGAUCUCCUGCCCGAGAUCGAAACUCCCUCUGUAACAGCAGUCGGCAUCAGUGUCGCCGGAAUGAAUCUCUUCGGCUGCUGGUUUGGCGCGAUGCCCGUCUGCCACGGCUCGGGAGGCCUCGCAGCUCAAUACCGCUUUGGAGCUAGGUCAGGAGCUAGCAUCAUUUUCCUCGGCCUCUUGAAGCUUAUCUUGGGCGUUGUAUUCGGCGAAAGUCUUACCGACCUGCUGCACCGAUUCCCACUGGCUCUGCUGUCGGUCAUGAUCAUCGCGGCCGGGUUGGAAUUGGCCAGUGUGGGAGAGAGCUUAAAUACGGCACGAGCAAGAGAUCUGGGCAAGGAGAACAUCCACGCAGGCACUAACGGCGAGAUCACCGACGAAGAGAAGAAGCGGCGGUGGACCGUGAUGCUAGUCACCGCCGGACUGCUGGUUGCCUUCAAGAACGACGCAAUCGGCUUCCUGGCGGGACUCUGUUGCCAUUGGAGUUACCAGCUACCUCGCUACAUCGCCGUGCUAAAGCACCAAAAGGACCGAACAGAGCAGCAUGAAGACCAUGAGCAGCAGGCUCUGCUACCAGGGUAA